AUGCCUUUAGAGAUAAAGAGAACGAAAAACGUAGUUGAGAUCAAGAGAUUUGAUUAUUACGGAUUGUUGGCUGUCAAAUUGAAACAAUUUGAACACCACACCACACUACACUACACUACACUACACUACAUGCCGAUAAUAGAACCGAUCGAUAUAGAUAUAGAUAUAAAUAUGUACAUUUAUGCAAACCCAUUUAAAAUAAGAAAGGCUAAGAAAAGGAGUAGUUUUUGUUACUACAAUAAUUAUCUUUAUAGCCCAUCUGGUGUCAUUUGCACGAGGCUGUUUGUGCACGGUUCAAGGAUCUGUAUCAAUGACAACGAAAACGAUCCAUAUACUCAAAAAAAAACCCUAUAUGAAUUAAGGGUGUAUUUGAUGCACAGGAGUGCGAACACUGUACAACUCGACAAUACCACGUGUGGAUUUAGGAGAGAAAAUGCAUCAAAGCAUGGUGUAGAUAAAGGGAGAAUAAAGGAGGUUGAUAGCUGA